CAUCAGCGUAGCAUCUUUGUUGCACUCUAAGCAUCAUAAAAGCUUGACUCGCCAAUUGACUGUACUCUAUCCUGCUGUAGUCACUUCCAAACAUCGGCUGAAGCAAUCAAGAAGUCUCCAUCUAGUAAGAGCAGCAAACAUGGCUGAAGAUAACCACCUCUCUUCAUCUCCAAUUGCGCCAUCAAAACUCACCAUGUCUUCCAAACCAUCAUCAUCCGGUAAGGAUUCCCAGCUUGACGCUCUUCGCGCUCGUCAAGCUGUUCUUGAGUCUACUGUCUCCGAUCUUCUAUCCCAACGUACUUCCCUUGUCGAUGCUCUUUCUCCUCCCAACACCACAGACUCAGAAGAUCCAGAGCUGCGCGCCAAAGCCGCAGUAGACUGUGCCAACGCAAAAAUCAAGUCCCAGAUCAGACAACUUUCACAGUACAACGACAUCAAGGACAUCGGCACUCAGCUCAUGGGCCUUAUCGCCGAGAAGCGUGGUUGCCGUAUCGCUGAAGUCCAAGAGGAUUUCGGUAUCAGCGCCGACGACUGAAGAGUUACGAGCUUCCACUCACUCACAAGUUGACCCAGACUGGAGUGGCAGAGCCCCCCGGUCUUGCAUAAAUUCUACCCAACGAGCACCGACUCUUCAUCAGAUUCCCCAUCAGCGACGAGAUCCGGGGCCAUAUGCGCCGUGAUAGCAAUACGGAAGAAGUCGAAGAUCUAUACAUCGUCCGACAGAACGCUAUCUUGAACGGAUCUUGCUGCCGGCAUAGCAU